CCGGCCCAGCGGCGGGCGCUCGGCGGGUCGGAGCGCAGAGCGAUGUGCUGGCCACGGGGCGAGCAGACGGAGGGAGCGGGAGCUGCGCGGGGGCUGUGCGGAGGCGGCUGUUGGAGAGGAAAGACUCCUUUAGAGGAAGAAGAAAUGCCAGAGGUAGAAAUUGACAUUGAUGACCUUCUUGAUGCUGCCAAUGAAGAGGAGAGAGCUCUCAAAUUACAGGAAACUCUUGUAGAUUGCUACAAACCAACAGAGGAAUUUAUCAAAGAGCUGCUAACUCGGAUAAGAGGAAUGAGGAAACUCAGUCCCCCUCAAAAGAAGAGUAUAUAAAUAACUCAAAGUAAUAGCACUCUGUAAAAGACAUGGCAAGGGAAAUGGGACUUUGAAUACAAGACCUUUAUUAAAAUAAUUGUCUUUCUCCACAACUUUUUUGAUUUUAUUCAGUUUUGACUCAAGGAAUUUUUUUUUUUGGUGUGUUUUAAGGGUUCUUUUUUAAGUGUCAAUUAUUUUUUAUCAAAAAUAUCAACAAUUUGGAUGCUGCUCGACUUUCACCUGAGGAUCACUGAAGCAAGUGAAGAAUCCAAGAGUUAGUGAUGAGGGGCAGCAAGCCUAUGUGGUGAACCAGAAGAUCUUGUAAAUUUACUGAGCUAGGAGACUUCUCCUUGCAACUAGUUGGAUAACGUUUCUUAAGUUGGUUGUACAUUUAACUCAUGGAUGUCAAGUUUCUUGUGCUUGUCUGUACAUAAAUUUUAAAGUGGGUUGUGAAUACUGUUUCACAUGGAUGGAAGGAGAAAUUUGUUAUAGUAAAUUAUUUAAAUGGUGGUUAUUGCAAAUUUGCUACCAAAAGGUACCAAUUUAGAUUACUAAAAUGAAUGCUGCCAUUUUUCUAAAUACCUUGAAGCAGCCCAGUGAAGAAUCUCAUCGUAUCUCCUUGUUUAAACCACAGCAUAUGAAAAUUGGGAAUUUUAAGGGCUUAAUUUGUAGACUUAAAAGUUAUUUGAUUGACUCUGAUGCUUUGCCAGGAUCACUUCCUCUCCACCUCGUGGUGUCUUGGAGCUGUGCUAACAUAUAUUGAAUAUGGGCCUGGAGUGAUAUCUAGAGAAAUGUCCAUUCCCAUUUAAAAAGCUGGUUCAUGCUGGAGGAAAGGCAGUGAUACCAAAAUGAAUUGCAAGUAUUGUAUUGCAUUUAAUGAUGUGGUCUUAAUCAAAUGCAGAUUCCUUUCCUAUAAAGGUAGGCAAAGAGUAAUACAACCUUUGUUUAUGGCUCUGCCCUGAAAAGUGGGAGACUUCUUAACUUGGGCUCUCUUACUUGUAAGAGCAAGAACAGAGAUCCUUGCUCCCUUCUGGAAAAUGUCCUAACUAGAAUGUUUGAUAAGCUACCAUUUUCUGGUAGGUGACAUUAGUCAGGCAUUUUAUAUCAAGGGUGCUCUGAACAUAUUUUAUUUUUCAAGAGAAGUACAUGUUUGUGAAUUUUAUGUAUACUGGCAAGCUUUUUUAAUGUAUUUAAUUUUGUAAUGUUUACUGAUGAUUUUAUUUACCAGAUAAUUACUCAAAUAAAUGGAACAACUUGUGACUUGUUACAUGUACACUUUACAGGACUGCUGUGGCUGAGUAGGUUUGUAAAUGGAAUUGCUUGUCAAAAAGAGAAGCCUGUAAGGUGGUAAGGACAUGGGAACCCAGGUGUAUUGACCCUAACUGGCUUUUCAUGUUCUCAGUAUCACUCACACUCCUGUAACCUGGUACACAGCUCCACUUUUGAAAGUCUCUUCCAGGUGAGGCCUCCCUUCCCUGUGCCCUAGGGAAUAUAAAAAGGGGUGGGGGAAAAAACUUGGAAAUUCUUCCAGAUAAAUGCUGAUAAAUGCAGAUAACUUUUUUGUCCACCAGAGAGGGACUGUAGGGGAAGGUUUACACUGGGUGGCUCUCAGUUUCCUACUGAGGUGUGGCAAAAGGGGAUCUUUCAGGAGGAGACACUCUGCCUUGCUUCCUUUAGGUGCCUUUUUGGAACCUCAAGAAAUUCCAGCACCCCUGAGAAAAGACUCACCUGCAACAUUUUAAAUUUAAAUCUUGUAUCCUGCUGAAGUUGCAGUUUAUCUCUGGUUUUGACUUGCUGGCAAUUCUCAUGUUCGGAGUUUUCAGCUGGAGUCUGA